AUGGCGGGCAGCGGAGGCGGCGCGUACAGGGCGGAGGACGACUACGACUACCUCUUCAAGGCGGUGAUCAUCGGCGACUCCGGCGUCGGCAAGUCCAACCUGCUCUCGCGCUUCACCAAGAACGAGUUCUGCCUCGAAUCCAAGUCCACCAUCGGGGUCGAGUUCGCCACCCGCAGCCUCCAGGUCGACGGCAAGGUCGUCAAGGCCCAGAUUUGGGACACCGCCGGCCAGGAGAGAUACCGUGCUAUCACAAGUGCCUAUUAUAGAGGAGCAGUAGGCGCGUUGCUUGUGUAUGAUGUCACUCGCCGUGCUACAUUCGACAAUGUGGCGCGCUGGCUAAAAGAGCUGAGAGAUCACACUGAUUCUAGCAUUGUUGUCAUGUUAGUUGGCAACAAAUCUGAUCUUCGUCACUUGGUGGCUGUUUCAACUGAAGAUGGGCAGGAAUAUGCUGAGGCGGAGUCACUGUACUUCAUGGAAACAUCUGCAUUAGACGCGACAAAUGUAGACAACGCUUUCUCAGAAGUUUUGACUCAGAUAUACCGAAUUGCGAGCAGGAAGACGGUUGAUGCAGGAGACGACGGCUCAUCUGCCCCAAGCAAAGGGGAGAAUAUAAAUGUGAAAGACGACGUGUCUUCGCUGAAGAGAGCUGGCUGCUGCUCGAAUUGA